UAUUAUGAUGUCCGAUAUGAAAAAAUAGGCAACAUGGAUCAUACGUGCAUUGAAACGGAUGAAUGGUGCAAGCGUUCACGCAUCAAAUUGACCAUCGUUUUUAAUAAAUUCCGUCUCACAAGAUUUGUUUAUCAGCCGAAAUUUGCGAGUGUGGAGAUGUUCAGUUACAUCGGAGGUUACAUGGGAAUGUGGUUGGGACUCUCUCUGGUCUCGCUCUUCGACCUUUUUGAGACUAUUUGCUACCUUUUGUUCUACCCAAUAGGGCGAAUGCAGGUAAAAGCAGGCAAAAAUUCUGUCAAACCUACACCUGUACCGCAAAGGAAUUACAAAGUGGGAACAAUAUAUUAAAAAUUGGACAUAUGCAUGAAAUAUAAUCACAGAAAUUUAUAAAAAGCAAUCAAUUCGCUAAGAUAAAGCAAAAAUCUAGAAAAAACAGUAAAGUGUGUAAA